GUUUGCUCGGGCAUUUAGGGUUCUAGUUUGGCGAUGGCGAUGAGGGCCGUGGUGCCGUGGACGCUGCUGGGAGCUACGCCGUUGCAGCUCAAUGCUAGCAGCAGCGCCAUCAGAUGUGACGCGCAGGAGAAUCCAAGGGCGGCGACCGUGAUUUCGCGGAGGAAGAGCGUCGCGUUGGUCGGGUUCACGCUGGCGAUGGGUCUGGCUGUGAAUCAAACGUCUGCACUGGCCAGAGAGGUCGAAGUGGGAGCCUAUCUUCCCCCGGUCGAGUCCCUUCCAGGAUUCGUGCAAUUCAAGGCUUCUGGCAGAGAUACUCCAGCUCUUCGCGCCGGGAACGUUCAGCCUUACGAGUUUAUUCUCCCAUCGACUUGGAAGCAGCAGCGAAUCGCAAACAUCUUGUCUGGGAAUUAUUGCCAGCCAAAGUGUGCCGAGCCUUGGGUGGAAGUCAAGUUUGAGGAUGACAAGGAAGGGAGCCUGCAAGUGGUGGCAGCUCCCAUGGUCCGGCUUACAAACAAACCAAACGCCAGGAUCGACGAGAUUGGCAGUCCCGAGAAGCUCAUAGCUGCGUUGGGACCUUUUGUCACCGGGAACAGCUACGACCCCGAUGAAGUGAUUGAAACCUCCGUGAAGGAUCGAGACGGAGAAAAAUUCUAUUGCUACACGCUUGAGACGCCAUACGCAAAGACUGGCGCUCACAACUUGGCAGCUGCGACGUCUAAAGGUAAUGUGGUCCUGCUCUUUGUAGUGAGCGCAAGCGAAUCACAGUGGUCCAAAUCGGAGAGCGUGCUGAGAACAAUUCUCGACUCGUUCAAAGCCUGAGAACUCAGCUACGGGCCAUGGUAAACUCCAUACGCAGGAGCUAUAUAUUUACCACGCAUAGAGCUCGGAAUUACGUGUAAAGUUCUUACCCGCACAGCACUCGUAGAAGGGACGGAAAAGCCUUUUAGCGUAGCACGAUUUUGGCUGCGCGUACUUACAUGAAAGUCAAUAUUGAGAAACAUAGCAGGUUCUUGUCGCGAAGAUGUUUGUUGA